UCAUUGAGUUUUUCAGAUAUAUAUUUUUGACGUUUACUGAACUAUAAUAUAUAAUAAGUGUGAUAAUGAGGAUGAAAUUUUAGUAUUCUUAUCAAAUUUAGUUAUAGAUAAGAAUUUCGUUGUAUGUUCUAAUUGUGUGUACGUUUUGUCAGUGUGUCAGCAGUAAAACAAUAACCGUACAGUAACGUAAUGCGAAUGCAGAUUGCCAUUUGCGUGGUUACUCUAUUUACGUUUGAUUCUUUUCAUUUUUAUCCAAAGUUGGUGUCCGAGAGAGUCUUUUAUUUCAUUAAAUAGGAAUUAAAUAAUAUACUCUUAUUUUAAAGUAUGUGUACUUAUCAGUAAGACCGUUUUGUUUUGAAAAACAGUAAUGUGAGUGCAUUAAUAUGGCUUGUUUAGAUGAUGAUACAAGCUGGGUUGCUGAACUUGAAAAUGCCCUAUUAGAGGAAUGUACAGCUACAGAUAUUUAUUGUAUUUGUAAUGGGAAGUCAUUACCAGACCAUUUACGUGCUGAAGUGUGGCAAAUUUGUUUAGAUGUAAGAGAUAAAGGUAAUCAAUUAGAUCAUUUUGAUGAAGUGUUCGAUCUACCAAAUCAAGCGGUUCUGAGAGAAGAUUGUUCCAAUUUUGUAGAAAAACUGGGAAAUGAUGAAGAAGACAGAGUUUCUAUUUUGUCUGAUUUAGAAUCUAUACUUACUUUUUAUUGUAAAAGUAGAAAUAUGAAAUAUGAAAAAAAUAAUGGUUGGAUAGAUAUCUUACUACCACUGCUUACUUUAAAAGUACCUCGCUCAACUACAUAUAAUUUAUUUGAAGCCAUAAGAGAUACAUUUAUUCCUCAAAGCUGUCACAGGAAAAAUGGAAAUGCUUUUCAUAUUUUACGUUUGCUGCUGUUGUAUCACGACCCAGAACUAUGUUCUUUUUUGGACACAAAACGGAUAACUCCUGAAAUGUACUGCACCGUAUGGUUUCAGUCCCUUUUCGCAGCUACCUGCAAUCUACCUGUUGUGAUUAAUAUGUGGGAUUACUACUUUCAACAAUCUGAUCCUUUCUUUGUUUUCUUCUUGUCAUUAAUCAUGGUUAUCAACGCUAGAGAUGAAAUUAUGAAAAUGACUGAUGAAAAUCGAGAUGAAAUCGCGUCGGUUUUGAGUCAGAUGCCUUGUGCUUUAGAACCAGGCGAUGUUACCGAUUUCUGCUCCUUAGCUCAUUAUUACACCAUGAAAACACCUAGUUCGUUCCGAACUGAUCUUAUGCAGGAAUUGUACAGUAGUAGAGGGGAGGAAUCUACCCUCGUAUCUCAAGCUUUGUGUUUGCCUGUUUCCGUCAAUGAACUUAUAAGAAACACGGAUACAAUUCGAAGUAAUUCCACAGAUAACGUCCGGUUUUUUUUGAUUGAUUGUAGACCUGUCGAUCAAUUUAACGCAGGUCAUCUACCUACCGCCUUCCAUUUAGAUUGCAAUCUUAUGCUGCAAGAACCACAAGCAUUCGCCACCGCAGUCCAAGGACUACUUUCAGCUCAAAAACAAGCUAUAGCUGCAAAUUCUCAUGCAGGAGGCGAACAUCUUUGUUUCUUAGGUUCAGGUCGUAAUGAAGAAGACCAAUAUACCAAUAUGGUUGUGUCCUCAUUUUUGCAAAAGCAUACACAGUACGUGUCAAUUUUAACAGGUGGUUAUAUCGCAAUUCACAACUUUUUCGAGGACAAUUUAGACGAAUUUAUCCAAGACCACAACAGAAACGCGUGCAUAGUGUGCGCCCCUACCGACCUUCAGAAACAUUCUCGCGAAAUACAAAAGAAUACGCCCAAUUCACGCGACAUUUUCGGAAAAUUAUCGGCUGCUAUGAAAAGCAAGUCGGUAGAAGUAAAAGAAAAGUUUCUCGAUUACAUAGUGAAUCCCAAUGCAGGAAGUCCUGUUCAAGAGAAGCAUGUGUCCAGUUCUGAUCGAAAAGGAAAGAGAUACAGGAAUGUUGCCCCUGUUUUCAGUAUUGACGAUGAUCAGGAUAACGUUACCGAGUUUCAGGGAGCUGAAGAAGAUACCAAAGAAGUAGUUUCCUUAAGCACCUGGUUAAAAAGUCAGGAUGUCAUUGAGCAGUUUCCAUGCCAAGAAGUCAUGGUUAAUAGGUACAUGUACAAGAGUCUAUUAGUUAUCACAGAAAAUAAUAUGUUAGUACUUAGAGAACUGCCUGAUAAGAAAGGCAUGGCGGAAAUAAUAGUGAGAAGACCAUUGUCAGCUAUAGUAAAAAUUACUGCAAAGAAACGUCACCCAGACCUUAUAACGUUCAAGUAUGGUGAAACAGUAGGUGAUAGCCUUCAAAUAUCUGACAUGGAUAGGUUCCUCAUACCCAAUGCAACCAAAGCAACAAGUAUUGUAUCUGAGCAAAUUGUGAAGCAGUUAAAUGCAAAAGAUUGAUCCAUGUACUUAUUAGGUCUGCGUCUUUUGUAAAUAUUUUAAAUUAUGAAUACACAUAUAUAUUUUGAACCCUUAAUAAAAGGGUUUCCUGUUAGAGAAUACCCAAAGAUGUUGUAAUAAACAGAAACAGUAAAAUUUCGCAACUAACAUUCGAUAA